AUGGUUUGGGAUAGUUAUCAAAAAGAAUAUGAAAAGGAAGGCAAGGGGAAAAAAGCACUUCGAACUAUGGAAGAUAUUGUUCAAUAUGAAAAUGUACUCCGGAAAGACACUAUUAUGGAAAAUGCAGAGGAAAUGUCAACAAAUGCAGGUGUCGGCUCUCAAGAGUCUCAAAAUGUGAAUAUCCUUUCUCAAGAUAGUGGUCAGGAAAUUCAGACUGAUACUAGUGUUCCUUUU